AUGGAGCCACCCACGCACAUCCAUGGCCUUCCUGACGACAUUCUUAUUAAGAUCUUCUGGCACACUGAGCAGCCGAUUCCUAGACAAACGGGCAGCGACUGCUUGUGGGACUCAGACUCCUCGAUUCCCGCCCCAAAGUACCUCUCUGCAAACCUUUCAAACGAGAAUGCCAUUCGUCAGGAAAAGAAGACUCCGUUACCCAUUCCUCCUCCCUCUGCGGACGCGCACCGUAUUCUCCUCGUCGCGGCCGUCUGCCGUCGCUGGCGCUGUCUGACUCAGCGUUCCGUCUCCGCGCUUCUCGUACGAGACAAUCUCGUCGUGUCUCGCCAGUCUCUCGCGAGUGCUGUCGCUGCCUUACCGAACCUGACCCAUCUUCACCUCUGCGACGGCAGCGUCGAGACUCUCGACGACGCCUUCCUCGCUCACCUCGCGUCGUCAUGUCCCAACCUCGCCAUCCUCCACCUGCCGCAUCUGCACACUCUCGCGCUCACACAUGCUUCCUCGCUCGAAACUCUGGGUUUUGCCAGCCUUACAUCUCUCACCACCCUGCACAUUGCCUCCAAAAAUGUCUUGGAUGAAGUGGCAAACAUCGUUCGCCGCUCACGCAUCACCACCUUCUCGGACUCAGAUGAAGCCGUGGCAUUUCACCGCGACUCCCUCGUCUCUGCAGACUUCAACAUGGCACAGCUGCCUCUGCUCAAGCCGUCUUCCGUGGUGUUUGCCGAUUUCGACACCACGCAGCUGGGUCUGCUCAAGUCGUCAAGGCUCAGGAAGGCGGUCCCGUGUGCCGCCCUAGAACGGCUUGAGAUUGUUAUGGAGCGUCCUAGAUCCGUUACGCCGACCUUUCAACUCGCAGAGCUGAUGCCGAGGCUCCGCAAGCUGACCAUUCGCCAGAGUCUGGAGUAUGAUGACCCUAGGCCAAUUGCACUCAGCUUCGCUUCUCUAACUCUCUUGGAGAGCUUGACAUUUACAGAAUGUUACCAAAGAGACAUUUUUUGGGGUUAUUACGACCUGCCGGAGGGUAUCGGCUGCCUGCUUGCCCUGAGAACUCUCGUGCUGCACAAUCUGCCUCUCAUGGCCCUCCCGGACGCCCUCUGCCACCUGCCUUCCCUCGAGACAUUCGUCCUCAUUGGAAGCAUCUCCAGCCCGCAGGCCCUCCAGCUGCCCGCAGAUUUCUGCUGCCUCACGUCACUCCAAACCCUCGCCAUUGUGAAGAUGCCUCGGGUGAGGCUGCCGGAUAAUAUUGGAGAGCUCCCACGGCUGCACACUCUGUAUUUGAACAGUCAGAAUCAGCAGCCGCGACUGCCACUCUCCUUCACCCAGCUGACUUCAUUGACCAGGCUUGAACUUGCCGCGUGCACGAUUCAAGAGCUGCCCGAGGACUUGGGGAACCUCACUAACCUGCACGAGUUGCACAUUCGCUCCUGCCCUCGAAUUCAGCGGCUUCCAGAGUCCCUCACAAGCCUCUCACGCCUUGAAACCCUUACGGUUGAUGACUGUUUGAAGCUCGUCUCGGUUCCCAGGAGGCUAGACAGCCUUGGGAGGCUCAAAUGGCUGGAGCUGACUGGCUGUUAUGAUCAGACUGGGCCUCCUGCGUCUCUGCCGCUCUCCCUCGAGGUCUUGAGUCUUGGAAACAGCUACCACGUGGCUGAUCUGCCAGACGUCUCCGUGCUGCCUUGGCUGAGAAAGCUCUCCUUGAAGCUGGUUGGUGCGGAGGAGAGGAUGGCUGUGGGCAGCAGUUUGGCGCGCGUGAAGCAGGUGGAGCUGGCGCUGCAGGAGGAGGCUGUGGAGCUGCCCUUCUCCCUUGCGCUGCUCCCCCAGCUGCACACGCUGGUCAUGUGGAACGCGGGGAAGAUGCAGCGGCUUCCAAGCGACAUGGGAUGGGCUGUGCCGCAGCUGAGGGUUCUGCAGAUCCACUGUGCGCGGGAAUUGAGGGAGCUGCCGGACAGCAUUGGCGCUGCAUCCCGCCUGCGCCAGCUGCACCUCUUUGACUGCCCCGCUCUGCACCACCUGCCUGCUUCCCUCACCCAGCUCUCAUGCCUCCACCAGCUGCAUGUGGAAAACACCGGCCUGCGCAGCCUUCCUUCAGGGAUUUCGCAAUUGACCCGGCUGCGCAGUCUUAGCUUGCAUGGCUGUCUACGGCUGCAGGGUCUGCCAGAGGGCCUCACGGAGCUGAAAAUGCUGCAGUACUUGGGAAUUAAGAACUGCAGCGCAAAGCAUGUGCGCGGGGAGUGGAACUAUGAGUGCAAUCACUGGGACGUAAAGCCGUAUGGGCUCCGGAGCAUGUACGGAUUGAAAAUAGAUGCGUAG